CUGCGUCCAUCACCCUGAGACAUACAUUUGAUGAAUCUCAUGUGCUAGUGUGCUCAUACUACUACUGCUUGGCAGGAGAAAAAGGUUCAAUAUGCGCGCUAAAAUUUGAAGAUUUUUGUGCGGAGAUACAAGUUUCAUUAUGGCUCCACUCACGGUACUUGCGUUUUGCUUAACCGCAAUUGGUUUCACGUAUGGCUUCAACGGAGACAGCUUUGAAUUGGAAUGUCCUGACGAAUGUGACUGCCACUACUUUAGGAUCAACUGGGUUACCGAUUGCUCGGAAAGCAACCUCACUGAAGUUCCAUACGACGAGUUAAGUUUGAGCGUAUACAUUCUUGACUUAAAUGGAAACAAUAUUACCACAUUGAAAACUUUUCCGACCGAUAUAAAGAUGAGACGACUGCAAAUAGCCUACAACAGAUUAACACGAGUGGAUAGGGAGGCUUUCAAAGGUCUGGAGUAUCUAAUUGAUGUGGAUUUAUCGGGAAACAAUAUCACUUACGUCGAUCCUGAAGCAUUCUUAGAUUCUCGAGGUCUUCUUAACGUGGAAAUGCAAGAUAAUCCAAUCGGCAAGAUCGAAGGACCCUUCCUGAUAUCUAGCACUCUACAGUUCCUAGAUAUAAGCUCCUGUAAUUUAUCUACGAUUAAUCCUCAAUUCUUCGAUAACAUUACAUCCUUAACGACUCUUGAUUUAUCAAAUAAUCCGCUUACGACGUUAGAAGCUGGGGUUUUUGAUGUUUUAACAAGCCUGGAUACCUUGAAACUCAAUGAUUGCAAACUCACAACCAUCACCGAAAAUACAUUCGCUGCAUUAAGCAAUCUCAAGAGCUUAGAGUUAGCUGGAAACCUUUUAACAAAUACUGAUUGGCCAGAAGUCUUUGGAAAACUAGGGAGAUUAGAAUAUUUAAACUUGAGGAAAUCAGCAAUCACUUUCCUAUCAGAGGACACAUUCGCAAAUUGCACAUAUUUAGUUACACUGAUCUUGGCAGAUAACGAAUUACAUGAAUUGGAUGUCGGUGCUACUUUGGGCACAAGCUUGAAUCAUUUAGAAGAAUUAGAUUUAUCCAAUUGCAAAAUACGAGAGCCCAUUUCCGGAGAAGCUUUUGCUAAUGCUACAAGACUGAAAAGUCUGUAUUUAUCUGGCAACCCCUUAUUUGCUCCUGAUCUACAAGAAGCAAUAGCACCUUUACCUCGAUUGGAAAGACUAUUUCUUAGUAACUGUAAUUUACAUAAUCUUCCUGAUAAUUUCAACACGUUUGACAAUCUUCAAGAAUUAGAUAUAUCUCACAAUCCAUUAGUAAAUGUUUUUACUAGACUCCUGGCACCGCUAGACAAGUUGGAAUAUCUCAACAUGGGUUACAGCAACCUCUCCCACAUUGGACCCGACACCUUCUCUAAGAUGACUUCAAUGAAAAGGCUUGUUCUAUCUGGUAAUGAUCUAUUGUCACUUGAAGCAGGAUUAUUUGGAAAUUUAACCCAACUUACAACACUCGAAUUAGAGUUCUGCGGAUUAAAGAGACCUCUAGAUGCUAACACGUUCUUUAAAAAUCUUACAUACAUGGAUUUAAGAGAAAUAAGGCUCGGAGGUAAUCCUCUAGUUAUUCCGGCUGCAGGACCAGUAUUCCCGAAACAAUUGUCUCAAGUUACCAUACUUGAUAUGAGCAACUGUAAUAUAUCUUCUCUAAACGUCGAUGCUUUCAAGAAUACGGUAAAUAUAACAGACUUAAACUUAGCCGGGAAUAGAUUAAAAUCUCAACCAGGAAGCUUAUUAUUUUUAGAAAUAUUACAACAGUUAGAAAAAAUAAAUCUGAGUAAUAACAACUUGACGACGAUCGACCCCGACGUUUUUGUCAACAAUCCAAAACUGCACUCCUUGAAUUUAGUGGGCAAUCCAUUCGUCUGUGAUUGCAAGAUCGCCGAAAUGUGGGACUGGGCGAACAUGAUCAAGGGCGACCUAGAUGUUCUUGUAGGCGCUAAGAGUGCCGAAAAAGAUAUUGUCGUAAAAGGGAAUAAGAAGAAAAGGAGCUUGUAUUGCCAUUACAAUGAGACACAGUUACGAAAUAUGACAAUAAAUGCUAACAAGACUGUUCCUGGCAGGAGGCCAUUCAUAAAGCCUAGAGAGUUGACAUACGCUAACAGAACGUGGGCCAAAUACGUUAGGGAGUCAGGUUGCGAACCCGUGGUGAAGAUUUUGCGGCCAGUAGCUUUAGUAGCUGAAAUGUUCGAUAUAAGCCAUGAUGUUCACUUAUCAACCGCUGUAGUGAUUUUGGCUGCUGUCGCGGUGAUUCUUGGAGUCUCAACAGUUAUGAUGACAAUAAGGCUUUUCAAACGAAACAAAAUGGUGGAAGUGGAUACAGAGGACCAUAGAAAGCAGAGAUAGCAAACAUUACAAAAAAAUAACGUUAUAUGUGAUAGAGUCGUGUUGUAGUGUGGUGGUUGAACGCCUAAUACGGAAUAGUUCACAUUUCGUGUUUAUUCUUAUAAUGUGUAUUUUUGGACUAAAAUAUUUUUUAAACGUCUCUCUAGAAUACAAGUGGAAAUUGUAGAGUUCUUACAUGAAAUCUCUUUUGUAUCUAUUUUUAAAUACUAGUCAUAAACAUUGCAAACAAAAUGUGGUCGUGAUUCCAGAGAACAAGUUACAAAGUAAAUUAUACCUAAUACUUAUUGCCAGACCAUAAUGUAAAAUAAAUAAAAUCGUUGUUUAUUAAGGGCGGUAAAUAAGAAGUUUUUAAUGACUCGAGGUUUGUAAUUUUUACCGCCCAUGCUACAUACAAUGUUUUUCAUCACAUUUGCGAGGUAAUAGAUACAACGAUAAUUUAUUUCUUGUAUGAAUGAAUAUCGCUUCACAACGCAACAUUUACGGAUUUUGUUUGUUUUUUUUAAGCAGAUUACUGACAAUUCUUCUAUAGUUUAACUCGAAGUUAAAUGUCAUGAUAGGCACAGACGUAUGCAGCCACAUUAUAUUACAUAUAAGACAAAUAAUUUCCAAAUUCUAAAAAUACUACAAAAUUUGAAUUGACAAAUUUAUACGAAAGCGAAAAGUUUAUGCGAAAAAUACGUUCAGAUUCUUUGAGCAUAAAAAAUUCAUUGGGCGAUAAUGUAAUGAAAAAGCCCGUGGAUAUUAUUUAGGACAUUACGAGCGACUUUUCCUGCAUGUCACGACACUGUUUACGAGCAAAUGUGAUGAAAAUUAAGCUUAGGUUUACAUAACAGUAUUUUUUAAUUUAUGUUUUAAUUUAUAAUGUACAUUAAACCCUUCAUGAAAUGAA